GCGAGAACCCUGGGCGAAUAAUGACAAGGUCGAGCACGCGCCGGUGCAGUACUUCCCACAGCGCCAACUGAUCGCCCUUUCCUGCUAUCGUAUCCUAAAGCGGUGCUGGGCCCCCGGGGUCCACCGCGAAACGCACGCAAAGAUGGCUGUUGUGCCACGCGCCGGCCGCAGCCCGCAGCUUGCCAGCCUCAUCAGCAUGCUGGGUCCGCUGCUGCUGCUGCUACUGCUGCUGGCAGCGCCCCUGCUGCUGCAGGAUCAGGCAUCCGCGGGCCGGGUGUCGCUGGUCUCGCAUUCGGCGAACGCUGGAGCUGCCUCGGCUGCUGCCUCUGCCGCGGCCAACGGCGGUGCGGCCGCCUCCAAGGCUCGUGUGCACAAUGACGCUGCUGCCCUCCGCCGCCUGCUGACCCAGCACUGGCCGGCUGAGCACUCGACCACAGGCAGCCACGGCGGUUAUGGCGGUUAUGCGCCGCCUCCGUAUGGCGGUUACGCGCCGCCGCCUCCGUAUGGCGGUUACGCGCCGCCUCCGUAUGGCGGUUACGCGCCGCCUCCGUAUGGCGGUUACGCACCGCCGCCUCCGUAUGGUAAUUACGUGCCGCCGCCUCCGUAUGGCGGUUACGCACCGCCGCCUCCGUAUGGUGGAUAUGCGCCGCCUCCGUAUGGUGGUUACGUGCCGCCGCCUCCGUACGGUGGAUACGCGCCGCCUCCGUAUGGUGGUUACGCGCCGCCGCCUCCGUACGGUGCAUAUGCGCCGCCGCCUCCGUACGGCUAUGGCGGCUAUGGUUACUACUGAGCAAGUAACAAAUUAGGUGCUGUGAGCCGUGUUAUAAUGUCCGAGCUGUGCGUUCGGGGAAGAAUGAUUUGCGGUUCGUGCCUAUGCAUGCCUAGAAGCACUGCCAUUGUGUAUCUCUUAUUUCCUACCGUGUGCUGGAUGUCUGGCUGCUGACAAUUAAGGGCACCCGUCGUGGGCAUUUGUCUUCGUGAGCACAGACUGACGACAUGUCUUUCUAGCUUCCAUACUCGCGGUGUGUUCCGCUUCAUGCAAUGCAUCCCCCAGUGGUUCCAGUUGUACCGUAUCAUGCUAGAUCUGUGACCAUUUGUACUGAGUUGUAAGUACACCGCGGCGAGGCCUGGCUUUGAACUGGGAUGUUAGCCCAGGUUCAGGAUGUGGUGCUGGCUGAUGCUGGCUGGUGGCUGGACUUUUGGGCCGAUAGGUAUAACAUAUGGGGGCCAUGGCGCUCAACGUGCCAACAGCAGUUGCACAGCGUAAGCUUUUGAUGAGAUUCCGUUUAUGUUCUGGCCAAUCACUGCGAACCAUGCGUGGGAGAGGCCUAGGGAGGAGAGGACGUGCCCUCUACGUGCGGCUGAGGUGGAGGACGAGCAUCACGUCUUGAUGCAAUGUGCAGGCUAUGCCGAGCUACGGGUGAGCAGUGGCUUAGACUUCAGUAAAAACAUGCGCGUAGUGGUGCUGAAAUAUGAGCCUGUCAGGUUAGCCGCAUUACGGUACUCGCAUAGGAGUGGGCACGUGCACCUUACACGGGGAGAACAGUAAGUAGGACGACGUCAUUUGUUGGCAUUAUCAGGGUUACCCUGGCCCAGGCCUCCGGUUCCCACGAGGCAGGAAGGCACGACAAUAUCGUGCGCAGCACUUUGUAACCACACACCCACAGUAACUGCGCGCGCGUGUUUUGUGGCUUUGUUCCGUUUGUGUUGUGGAUAACCCCACACCACACGCGGCUAGGUGGUCAGGCCAGGGAACAAGUUAGGGAUU